GCUCCCGUAUUUGCAUAACCACGCCCCACGGCCUGGCCCGGCUCCUCCCCGCCUGCAGCAGCCUCCGGGCGCUGUUUGCUCCCAGUUCCCUCUCAGUGCUCCCAGUAAGAGCGAUACUGGGAGGGAAACCGAUCCCAAUUCCUUCCCGCUGCUCCCAGCAUCGCUCCCAGUUGCUCCCCGGAUUGCUCCCUGAGCCGCGCAGGGCGGGGUCGCUUUGGAAGCCGCCCAGGGCAGAACACGGCUGCUUUUGGGUGUCGGCUCCGCCCGGGCCGGGCUGGGAGCGGAGGAGGAGCGGGAGGAAGAGGACGGAGAUAGAAGGAAAAGAAGAAAAGAUAAAGAGUAGAGGGAAGAAGAGGAGGAACAGGAAGAGGAAGAGCGAGAGGAAGAGGAGGAGAAGCAGCAGUACGCAGUUCGCUUGCCCGCUGAGGCCGCAGCUCCCCCGGCUCCGGCGCCAUCGCCCACCCGUAACUCGCAGCAUUUCCCAUUCCCACACCUCGGCCCGAUGGAGGAGGAGGAGGAGGAGGAGGCCGCGAGUAAGAGGAAGAUGGGCCGGGAGCCCCAGGCAGACAAGGAGCUGAGCACGGAGACCAGGGAGGAGAAAUCCCCGCGGCAGAUCCUCGUGGAAGAGGCCGUUUUGAGCGGCUCCGCGGCACAGGAAUCCAGCGGGGAGGAAAAGCCACGGAGAUCCCCCACGAGGAGGGGCUGCAAACGCAGAUCACAGGGAUUCGAGGAGGAAAGAUCAACCCUGGGCCAGGAAGGCAGCCGGAGAUCGGAGCUGGCGGUCCCCGAGCAACUUUGGGAUGGGGAGAAGCCCCACAAGUGCUUGAAAUGUGUGAAGAGCUUCAGCUGGAGAUCCCAACUUAUCCAGCACUGGAGAAUCCACACGGGGGAACGGCCCUAUGCGUGCGGGGAAUGUGGGAAGAGCUUCAGGUCAAACUCUGAACUGAUCAGACACCAGAGGAUCCACACAGGGGAACGGCCCUAUGACUGUGGGGAGUGCGGGAAGAGCUUCAGCCGGAGCUCCAACCUGAUCAACCACCAGAGGAUCCACACGGGGGAGAGACCCUAUGAGUGUGGGGAGUGUGGGAAGAGCUUCACGUCAAACUAUAACUUGACCAUCCACCAGAUGAUCCACACAGGGGAAUGGCCCUAUGAGUGUGGGCAGUGUGGGAAGACAUUUAAGUCUAACUAUGACCUGAACGUCCACCAGAGGAUCCACACAGGGGAACGGCCCUACAAGUGUGGGCAAUGUGGGAAGAGCUUCAGGUCAAACUCUGCUCUGACCAUCCACCAGAAGAUCCACACAGGGGAACGGCCCUAUGAGUGUGGGGAGUGUGGGAAGAGCUUCAACCACAGGUCCUACCUGAUCAAACAUUACAUGGUUCACACAGGGAAACGACCCUAUGAGUGUGGGCAGUGUGGGAACAGUUUCAGCCAGAGCUCCCACCUGAUCAUUCACCAGAGGAUCCACACAGGGGAACGGCCUUACGAGUGUAGGGAGUGUGGGAAGAGCUUCAUGUCAAACUCUGGCCUGACUAAACACCAGAGGAUCCACACGGGGGAAUGGCCCUACGAGUGUGGGGAGUGUGGGAAGAGAUUCAGGUCAAACUCUGACGUGAUCAAACACCAGAGGAUCCACACAGGGGAACGGCCCUACGAGUGUAGGGAGUGUGGGACGAGCUUCAUGUCAAACUCUGGCCUGAUCAAACACCAGAGGAUCCACUCUGGGGAACGGCCCUAUGAGUGUCAGGAGUGUGGGAAGAGAUUCAGGUCGCGCUCCUCCCUGACCAUCCACCACAGGAUCCACACAGGGGAGAGGCCCUACGAGUGUGACCAAUGCAGGAAGAGGUUUCAGACCACCUCCCAUCUCCUCGUGCACCAGCGGAUUCACACAGAUGAGAAGCCCUUCCGCUGCCCCGAGUGUGGGAAAGGCUUCAGGGCCAAAUUCCACCUCAUCACCCACCAGCGCAUCCACACUGGGGAGAGACCCUUUGAGUGUGUGGAGUGUGGGAAGAGCUUCAGCCAGAGCUCUACCCUGGUUGCCCACGAGAGGAGGCACACCGGAGAGCAGCCCUACGAGUGUGGGGAUUGUGGGAAGAGCUUCAGCAUUGGCUGCCACUUGAUCUGCCACAAGAGGAGACACAAGGCCCCUAUGGCCCACAAGAAAUGGCCCAAUGAGUGUGGGAAAUGUGGGAAGACCUUCAGGUGGAGCUCUGAACUGAUUGUCCACGAAAGGAGCCACACAGGGGAACGGCCCUACGAGUGCAGGGAAUGUGGGAAGAGAUUCAUGUCAAGGUCCAACCUGAUUGCCCACCAGAAGAUCCACACAGGGGAACGGCCCUACGAGUGUGACCAGUGUAGGAAGACAUUUCCCACCAGCUCCAAUCUCCUUGUGCACAAGCAGAUUCACACAGAUGAGAGGCCCUUCCACUGCCACGACUGCGGGAAGGGCUUCAAGAGCAAUUUAACUCUCAUCCGCCAUUGGCGCAUCCACACUGGGGAGAGGCCCUACGAGUGUCCCGAGUGUGGGAAGAGCUUCUCACUCAACUCUAGCUUGACACGACACCAAAGGAGCCAACACUAAGGGAAGCCCUGUGAGUGCCCCAAGUGCAAGAAGAGCUUGGUGCACUGCUCCAGUUUCCAUCCCCCAUGGGAGGAUCUGCACUGGAUGAUCCCCAGUGAUUGCCACUGUGCAGAGCCCUGGUGAUCCAUGGUGCCAGUGAUCUGUGUUGAGAAGACACAUGGCUGGGGACUCCACAUCCUCCUGACUCCUUUGUGGCCUGGAUUACUUUCAUUUCUCUUUGUCCUUCCAAACACCCCAAAAAUAAAAAAUAAAGAUUUUGAACAAAGGUGUGGAUGGGGACAUGGGGGAAUCUUCCAGGGGUGUGGGGGAUGCUGGGUGCCAGGGAGUUGAGGCUUCCUGGCAGGGAUUUGGGGACUGCUCAGGGCUGUGGGCUCCCCAGGUUGAGCGGCUCUAGUUCCCAGUCCCCUUGCUAUAUUCCUGUUUCUAUCCCACUCCCACUUUCCUAAUCCCCAUCCCAUAUUCCCAUUCCUGAUCCACACUCCCUGUCCCCAUUCCCCAUCCCAUUCCUGGUCCCUGUCCCCUCUUGCCCGAUUUCAAACCUGACCUGCUGCCUGCAAUUGCCAAUUCAAUUGCCAAUUCAAUUGCCAAUUCAAUUCCCAAUUAAUUUAUCCCUGCAGGGUCCUUUCCCAGCAGUGCCCAGAGCUGGCAGAAGCUUGGCCGCACGUCCCAAAAUUCCUCCUCCUUUGGUGCCAGGACUGGGAUCUGGGCCCAUUCCCAAUCACCAAUGGAUCCAUGCCAAUUCCUGGGAUCUGUGUCACUGUCACUCUCACUGUCACUGUCAUUAUCACUGUCACUACCAUUAACUCUGUCGCUGUCAUUGUCAUUAACACUGCUAGCAUAGGGUUAAAAUGUUUCUAAACUCAUGGAAAUUGUAUAGAAUAGAUUCAGGGUGUGGAAAGAAAGGUUAGGUCUGGAAGGCCUGGGAAAGGGAACUAGGCCUUGGGAACAAAUGUUGAGCUUUGUUUUUAGUGGAUCAUGUGAAACUGGACCUGCAUAAUCAUCAGAUGAUAGAUGAUUAUGAUUGUUAAAUGUAAUGAUUGUUUGGUAAUUGAGUAUGAUUAUUGGUCAGUCGUAAUGAAAAUUAUGAGAAACGAUGUAAUUGUAAGAAGAACCAUGAGAAAGGACGUUUGGGAGACCUAAUUAAAAUAACAAGAAUUCAUGUUUGGAUAAGAUCAAUGUAUACAAUAGAACAAUAGGGGUUUAAUAAUUAAUAUAGAGUUCUAUAAAGAGAAGGGUAUAAAAACACGUUCAUCUCAAACCUAUCUCAAGGUCAGAUCUGGGUCCGUCUGUACCCCUGAUUCCCAGAGCUCUUCAAUAAAAGCAACAGCAUAUAAUCAUCCUGUGAUUAUGUGUUUCCACGCUAACAACGUGAUCACUGUCACCAUCGCUGUUAUUGCCACUGUCACCAUUGCUGUUAUUGUCACUGCCACUGUCACUGCCGUUGUCACUGAGUCAUUGUCACUGUGGCAUUGUCACUUGCUGGCUGCCUCCAAGGGCCUACAGAUGGACAGGGUGACAGCCAAGGGACACAGGGACAGAUGAGGGACACUAAGGGGACACAAAGAGGACACUUGGGGACACUGGGGACACCCAGGGGGCGCUCAGGGGACCCUUGGGGACACGUGGGGACACUGACGGUGACACAAGGUGUAGCAGUCAGGGAUUUUGUGGUUCAGUAGCGUUUUGAUGUUGAUGGCCUUAAGCUGGAACUCUGCGGUGACAUUGAUCAGCCUGAGGGGACAAAAAACAACACAGGAGGCCCCAAAAUCCCCCACAAAAACCCCAGAACUCCUCCUGACAAAAAAGGGAAAAUUCCACUUUGGAAAACCAUUAAAAGAGGGAAAGUUCCACCUUGAAAAACCAGUGAAAAACAGAAAAAUCAGCUCCCAAAA